AUGGCUUCGACAUCCAAUAAGAACGUUCAAGAAGGUGGAGUAGAAAAACCUCCGUUCCGGAAAAAUUGUCAAUGCUGCAUGUUGAACUUCGAGUCGCUUCGUAUCACAUUCAUGACUGCUGCGUCGAAGGCCAAGAAUGGAGGAACACCAGGUGAGCAACACAAUCGUAUGAUGUUCCUAUUGAGAUAUUCCACUUCAGAGCUCACCGAGCCGAUCUCUGUCUUCUCGCGACCGGAGAAAAUGCCGUGUGAGGAUUGCGAGCACGUCAAGAAGAAUUUCACACAAAUCGGAGACUCGGCGUACACCAUCAAGAAGAAUAGCGCCGGAAUCAUUCACCUGACCUGCAUUCCGUACUCGGCUCUUUUCAUUCUUCGAGGAACUGCUGUUUUGGCUCAUUUCCUUCCACCCAACCUCCAAGCCAACAUUAAGAAUCCCAUCUGA